GCUUUUUAUCUGAUGCUUACCUUCCCUCGUGUUCAAGGAUCUGUCCUCGUUGUGCGGUUCUCCUCCCUCCGAGAGCCAUGGAGGUCUGCGUGGAUGACAACGGACUUGGCCCUCGCGUCAACCUGAACUGCCGCUCUUUCGACUUCACUCUACUGUUCGAAGAUAUCUUCUUUAUCUCCCUUCCAGCGGCCGUGCUUCUCAUCCUGCUUCCGUUUCGGCUGCGAUGGCUGCACCGGACAUCCGUGAAAGUCAACUCUUAUCGGUUGGCGAUAUGUAAACUGUCCCUGCUUGCAAUACUGUUCGUUCUUCAGAUUCUCUUUGUCGCUCUUCGACUGAAAGCACCCGCGAUUCACAGCAAUGCAUCACUAGCGGCUGGAGUCUUGAAUGUCGUGGCAACCUUUAUGGCGGCAUGUGCUUCAUUUCUGGAAGACCAGCGUUCCGUUCGACCCUCGGAUAUUCUUGUGCUCUAUUUGUCAAUGACCGUCAUUUGCGCCAUAGCCCCAUUACGUUCUUUAUGGCUCAUAAGCCCUACUAACACUGUCACUGGGAUAUGGACGGCGAUAUUUGUUAUUACGAUCGCAUGCCUAUGUGUGGAAUCGGUGCAGAAGAGUAGGGUCUUGCGUCUGGAAUCUGACCGUCCGACAAAGGAACAGAUUUGUGGUUUCUGGACCCGAAGCCUGUUCAUCUGGCUGCUAUCAUUUUUCCGGGUAGGAUUCUCACAGGUCCUGAGUAUAGCGGACAUCCCUGAGGUAGAUAAUGAUCUGCGAGCACAAAUGACUGGGGAUAAGCUUCGGAAGGCUUGGGAAAGCUCGAGAGGCAAACAUCGGUUACUCAGGGCGACGUUUACUGCCUAUCGGUUCAGCUGUCUGUCAGCCAUCGUGCCGCGCUUAGCUUUGUCGGCCUUCACUUUCUCUCAGCCCUUCCUCAUUACGGCAACUGUAGACUAUAUCAAUCAGUCGCCAAGCCCGGAGUCCCAGAAGUUUGGACAAGCACUUGUAGGUGCAUUUGUCUUGGUGUAUACAGGAUACGCGGUAUCAACGGCGGUAUACUGGCGGCAAACCUAUCGGUUCAUUACGAUGACUCGAGCAGGCCUUAUAUCGACUAUAUAUGACCAGACGCUUGGAUUAAGGCCGGAGGACCUGACAGACACGGCCGCCAUUACCUUAAUGGGCACAGAUGUGGAGCGGAUUGUAAACAGCCUGAGAUCGCUUCAUGAAGCGUGGGCUUCUAUCCUUGAGGCCGUGGUUGCGAUCUGGCUAUUGAAGCGCCAGGUGUGGAUCGCCUGCCUAGCUCCUUUGAUCAUCGCACUCACUUCGAUUUUCGCCAUGAUACCGGUCUCAGCUCGAUCUGGACAAGCCCAAACACAAUGGAUUGACCGCGUGCAGAAACGAUUGUCGGUUGUCUCUGGGACGCUCAAUGAUAUCAAAGGCGUGCAUAUGCUUGGGCUUACCGAUCUCCUAUUCCAUAUCAUAUCCAGAUUACGCAAAUUGGAAGUAAAGACAUCGGUACGAUUUCGGAAACUCCUGAUAUGGCAGGUUGUUAUAUCCAAUCUCCCGACCGAUUUUUCUCCCUUUGCGACCUUUGCCAUCUACGCCAUAAUAUCCGUGGCCAAACAUGACACAACUUUACUGUCUGCGCAGGCCUUUACCUCCCUAGCUUUGAUAUCCCUUCUUACCAGUCCACUCCUCGUCUUUUGCCAGGCCAUGCCUUCCCUUUACCAAGCUGUUGCGUGCUUUGACCGUAUUGAAGAGUAUCUCCUGGUAGAUCCCGUACCAUCCGAACGCUCAUCUUCCCCCGAAUCUGUCAUUGGGCUUUCCGAGGUCGAGCUGAAAUCAUCUCCACAACCGAGAGGUACAUUACCUGAGGACAUCUUGGCGUCAUUCCAAGAUGCCAUUAUCUUGAAGUCACCCGAUACAGAAGCGGUCUUCGAUCGGUUAACCCUCAAUAUUCGCCGAGGAGUCACCAUGAUCAUUGGACCUGUUGGGUGUGGCAAGUCGACACUUAUCGAGAGCAUCUUGGGGGCCAGCACUGUGAAAAGUGGCUCCGCUGUGGCUUCUCUGUCGCGGGUGGCAUACUGCUCCCAAGUCCCAUGGAUCCAAAACCAAACCAUCCGACAGAAUAUCGUUGGGCCUUACGACUUUGAUGAGAAGUGGUACAAGUUUACUUGUUGGGCGUGCGGUUUAGAAAUGGACCUGCAGAAAAUGCCUCAAGGCGACUCACAUAUGGCUGGAAGUAACGGUAUCUCGCUCAGCGGUGGUCAAAAGCAAAGAAUUGCAUUGGCUCGUGCAAUCUAUUCUAGGCCCAAGGUCAUUAUUUUGGAUGACUCGUUCAGCGGAUUGGAUUCAAAGGCGAUAGCUCUCAUAUCCCAGCGUCUUUUUGGCGCCGAGAGCUACUUUAAGACUCAAGGGAUCUCGGUAGUCUUAGCUACCAACACCUACCACCUCCUUGUACAUGCCGAUGUAAUCAUCGUUCUCGAUAACGGGCGGGUUGUUGAACAAGGAACGUACCAAGAUAUCCUUAAUCGAUUACCGGAACUGGCCAUGAAGCUAGAAAUACCAAGUGAUGCUGCGAUAACAUUAACAACUGAUGAUACAAAAAUUCCUGAGGCUGUGGAACGAAGCGACUCAAUUUCAACGACAAGCACGGACAUAGAGGACUUGGAUCGGUCGCGGCAGCGUGGCACCUGGUCCGUCUAUCUAUAUUACUUCCACCAUGCAGGAUUCUUCUCCCUUUUCAUAUUCACGAUCUUCACAAUCCUAUACACAUUCUCGUCCGUCUUCAGUACAUUGUGGCUACAGUGGUGGGUUGAAGAGAAUGAACGAAAGCCUAAUAGUCGAUUAGGAAUGUACGUCGGAAUCUAUGGUUUGUUGUUCGUCGUGUCGGCCGUGAGCCUUAUUUCAGCAUGCUGGAUAAUAUUCGUGCCAAUGUUGUCCUCAACCUCCUUAAAAUUGCACUCUGAUCUGCUCAAAGCUGCCCUCAGUGCGCCUUUUGGCUUCUUUCAGACCACAGAUACAGGUUCAACCACGAAUCGGUUCGGUCAAGAUAUGGAACUCAUUGACAUGAUGCUUCCAAUCUAUGCUGUGAAUUUUGCGGAAGGCGUCUCAUCAUGUGUGCUUAGGUUGAUUGUGCUCUGCGUCCUCGGACGCUAUCUGGCGAGUUCCAUUCCACUGCUGGCCUUGGUGCUAUUCUGCGUUCAGUUAUAUUACCUGCGGACCUCUCGUCAGAUUCGUCUUCUAGACAUUGAGGCGAAGGCGCCACUAUAUUCACAUUUCCUGGAGACCAUCCAGGGUAUUAUGACAAUCCGUGCAUUCGGCUGGGAGCCGCACUUCCAACAGGAAAGCCACCUUCGACUCAACAGUUCUCAGAAGCCGGUAUAUAUGCUUUUCUGCGUGCAGCAGUGGCUCACUCUCGUCCUUGACCUGGUAGUAGGCGGCAUCGCGGUUGUGCUGGCUGCCGUAGUGACAUCGUUAAAGGGCAGCUUCAGCGCUGCGUCGAUUGGUGUUGCGUUGAACCUGCUCCUCACCUUUAACCAGACCAUUACUCGAACGAUCAAGAUGUGGACUAUGAUGGAAAUAUCUAUUGGUGCUGUAUCUCGUGUUCGAAGCUUUGCAAAAGACACGCCGUCGGACAACCGGGAUUUUACUUCGGAUGCUCACAGACUUCCUGAUGUGGCGUGCUACGGCGCAAUCGAUUUCGACAAUGUGUCGGCUGGACAUAGCUUCAACGAAGCGCCCAUUCUGAAGGAUAUUACACUGUCCAUCAAACCGGGGCAAAAGGUCGCCGUCGUCGGACCAUCCGGGAGUGGAAAGACAUCAUUGAUUAUGGCCCUCCUCAGUAUGCUUGAAAUCAAACAGGGCCGUGUGCUGGUUGAUGGCAGAGACCUGUCCACGGAGCAACAGAUUCUUAGACCUAAUAUCAAUGUUAUCCCGCAAGAUCCGUUUUUCCUGCCUGGAACUGCGAGAUUCAAUCUAGAUCCACACCAGAAUGCUAACGAUGAUCAGAUUCAGGCCGCCGUGACCACAGUCGGGUUAUGGGGUCGCAUUUGCAUCAGUGGUGGGCUCGACGCGGAGUUUGUCCCUUCGGACUGGUCGGUUGGUCAGAAGCAGUUGCUGGCCCUUGCCCGGACUCUUGUGCGCAAGGUGCCGAUCUUGCUUAUGGAUGAAGCAACUAGCAGUGUUGAUUGGGAAACAGAGACGAUCAUGCAAGACAUCUUUGAUAAGGAAUUCGCCGACCAAACUAUUAUUGCUGUUUGCCAUCGCUUCCGGUUUAUUGAUCGGUUUGACCGCGUGGCGGUUAUUCAGCAUGGCAAAGUUGUUGAAUAUGAUAGCCCAACUACCCUCUUGCAGCAGGACACCCAGUUCAGAAGGCUUUAUAAAGCCCUACAAGAGGAGAGCACAGCUUAACUACCAGAGAGUGACUUUUUAUAUAUUCAUGAUCGACUGAAGGUAAACAUGAGUCCAAGGAUCUUUCAUCUCAUAGCGGUUUGUUGACAGUGAAGUGAGAUGAAUUUGGUUUGCAGAUCCCAUAAUGGAAGAUUCCUGUGAACUAUAGACGCGGAAGGUUUAGACCUAUGAGUUGCUCUCUUGUCCUGCUACCUUAACUAGCGAGUGUCGUUCGUUUUUAGUAGUAGUAAGGCUGAUAAUUAGAAGCAUCUAUUG